AUGCUUCAUGAUGAAGUCGCCAAUGGCUCUCAACUUUGUCUGAUCACUGAAGAGCUCAUCAAUCCAACCAUUCGCGAUGGCUUCGCUUCGUUCCCAGGCGACAUCAUCGAAGAGCAUGCGUGCCCGCAUUUUUCACAGGUAUACAUAGAUCAAAGACCGAGAAAAGCAAACCCGCCAGGAACAUGGCCCCAAAUACGAACCCCCCCCCCCAUCUUUACAUACGCCAAAUUCGAUGUCCAGGCACUCUGUCGCCGAGAAACUGCCCUUCGAGAUGAAAUUGAGUGUGCCUGCGAUGUGAACCAGCAUCCUGCCAGUGGAAGUUUCAACUGGGCUAUCCGUAUUUCAUUUGAAGAUGGGACGCGAUGGUUUCUACGCGAAGCUGCCACUCUACAGUACAUAAAAGCAAGCAGUGAUAUUCCGAUCCCAGAUGUGUAUGACUAUAGCGCUACGUCAGACAAUGACAUUGGUAUCCCGUACAUCCUGAUGAGCGAAGCAUCUGGUCAGCCACUUUCAAAUACAUGGAAACCAGUACCUCUGCAUGUCAAAGCCAAGGUGCUCUUCCAACUGGGCGCUAACACAUGGAAACUGUCACGGUUGCGUUUCGACCAGAUAGGCUCGCUAUUCAAGGAACAGGGGAGCUUCGAGGCCAAGGAGUGCCUCUCGCGCGGUCAUGUAAUGCAAGAUCGGUGUUCUCUCGAAGGGAUACCCCGCGGUCCGUUUACUCCAAAAGCUGAGUUCUACAGCAGCCUGAUCACUGCAUUUACAGAGCAUGCAGAGGCUUUACCACUAUCGCAUCAUUGCUUUGUCGUUCCCGUCCCCCAGCGUGAUGACUAUGAGUCUGAUUCUCAGUACCACCGGGCAUGUGAUCUUUGGAAUGACUUUGUGGCUGUUGGGAGCAAGCUUGAUUCUUCAGAUAACAGGCUCGAUUGCAUCAUUGCCGGUGAUUCUCUGCGGGAUAUUAUACAGAGACUGGACCCAGAAACUACACUAGAGUCAUUUCCACUUUACCAGCCUGACUUGAGCGUUAACAACAUAUACACUAUGCUAUUAAUCCCGCCUGGACUACCACAUUCUCAUGACGAAUUAAGCCAAGACCUUAUUGCUGCUUUCAGAAAUGGGUUCAGCGCUGCUAUCUCUUCAACACUAAGAACUGAGACAGCUGAAUACAGCAAGUCUUUUGGAUCACCACAGCAGAGCAGAUGUUUCUGGUUGCUAACUCGGCUUCUCAAUUUUGACUCAGAAGAUGACUUCAACCUCUUCACCCCCCGCUCUUCACCUUACUACAAGCAACGAUACGAGGAGAUGCGACUGGAAGAUGAACCGCUAGAGAAGACGCAGAGAAAAGAGCACGAUUAUUUCCGGCAUCAAGGUAUUCUGAGACACUCGAUAGCUAGGAAGUUGACGCUUGUAUCACGGGAUAAUCGGAGGGAUGGGAUGUUUAUUGCUGAUUCUAGGUUAUGGAAAUGGAUCUUGGAGUGUAUGGACGAAUGGGAACGUAUUUCUUGA